AGUUAUACAGAAGCCAUAUUUUUUUUGAAAAUCAGCGUCUGGCAGAGGUUUGCAAUUAUUGUUCACACUUGUUUGAUGCUAGAUGCAGAAUGCAUUCAUAAUCAAAAAUUCGUCUGCGUAUCUUGGCUGCUAUGAAUUCAUGUGGAAUUGUCUACAGAGUAUAGAAAGACGCUUCGCAAGGUGUAUAUUGGCUGCAGAUGAUAGUUCGCUCGUGGCGCGUGCGAAGAGGGUGUCUGCUGAGCGCGUGCUCUUGUUCAGCGUCUGUCAGUUGGGUGGCAUCGGUUUUCUCCAAAGGAAAAUGGAUAGUGUGAAAAUUCGAAAAAAAUAAUAUUGGAAUAUUUAUAUAUAAAUGGAGUGAAUACAAAAAGUUAUUUCUUUCUUAAAAUUUUACAGAUGUAUUCGAAAUUAAAAUCAUCACUUUGGAUUUUAGUGAGGUGUAAAUUUAUAAAGGAAAUAGUUAUAACAUACCGAUAAAGCAGACGACUUUUUAAAGCGAGAAAACACAUAUGGUACAGACGAAAUUCACCACUACAGGACUAAUCGACUAAACUAUCAGAAUUCUUCUAUAUUUGUCAACAAACGGAUGUGUUAUCAAAUUUAGGGCUUUUAAAUAAACAAGUGGACAAGAGAUAAUGACAGUAUGGUUAUUUUAAAAAGACGUUUUGGUGUCAUCAGUACAGGACAGGCAUGGGAAUUUGGCGUUAUAAAUGUAUUGUGCACUGUUUGGCAUUCUUGUUUGGAUUGAUAUCUACUGGUUUCAGUUUUGAUCUCGGUACAAGGGAUGUCCUUGACCUUUUGCAGUUUGUAAAUACGACAAGUUCAUCAAUUACAUAUGUUAAUGGUAUUGAGCCUUUUAUGAAAGCUAUUUACUUAGAAGACCAAAAUAGAAGCCUGGCGUUACCAGAGAGUGUAGUUAGCGAAGCCUUGAUGUUGCUACGUAACAAUGAUGAUGUCACGUUCCUGGCUACUGUCAGACAGGAGUCGGGCAAUUCCGGAAGUAUAUUCUCAUUUUCUGCCGGACAAACCCGAUUCCUAGAGCUAGAAAGUAGCGGAAGACGUGAUGAGAUACGGUUACGUUAUAAACCCAACGACCAACAAAUUCAAAGUGAAACAUUCCCAUUUAGACUUGCUGACGAGCAUUGGCACCAAAUAGCAUUAACUUUUAGUGGAACUCAUGUGACAUUGUAUAUAAAUUGCAGCAAAAUAUACGAACGGGUUAUAUAUUCACUGGACAGAAAUUUUUUGGCAGGGAAUUAUCUAUUAUCUCUAUACAUUGGACAAAGAAAUCAACAGAGUGCAUAUUUUAGGGGUGCUAUACAAGAGUUAAAAAUAGUCACCAAAUCACAUGGGUAUUUAGUUCAGUGUCCGGAACAAAAUACAAGGUGUCCAACUUGUGCUCAAUUCCAAUCUUUGCAAAGCAGAAUGAAAGAAAUGUAUUCCCUAUACCAAAAUCUUUCAAUAAAGCUUCUCCAAGCAGAGGAGCGAAUAUCGGGUCUCGAGCAAUGUCAAUGUUUGAAGAGCUGUCACCAAAAUGGUACAGAGAGAAAAGAGGGAGAGUUGUGGCAAAUGGACCAGUGUACAAUAUGCAUGUGUAGGAAUGGAACGAUAGAGUGCCGUAAUGUUGAUUGUCUCCCUGUAGACUGCCCUCACCCAGUGAACAGAGAUGGCGAAUGUUGUCCUGUUUGUUUAACAAACUGCUAUUACAGUGGGAAAUAUUAUGAACAUGGUGAUGCGAUGAGUCCAAAGAUGUGUGUGACGUGUACAUGUGAUAAUGGUGUUAUGUUGUGUGAGAGACAGGAUCCAGAGACAACAUGUCCAAAAUUGGACUGUGAAGCCAGUGAAAUUAUAUAUGUACAGAAUGAAUGCUGCCCGAUAUGCCGAGGUACCGACUUUUGUGCUCUCGGCAACGAUUGCCAUGGGAAUUCUACCUGUGUUAAUUUGGCAACAAAAUAUGCUUGUCAGUGUAAACAUGGUUUCCAAGGGAACGGAAAACAGUGUGAAGACAUUGAUGAAUGUUUACAAGUUGGCGGGAAACAUGGCCACCAUUGUCACAGAGAUCAAAAAUGUGUGAAUACGAUUGGUUCUUAUAAAUGCACGUGUAUGUCGGGACAUGAACAGAAUGAAGACCAAUCGUGUUCAGAAAUCGAUGAGUGUGCAGUAGGUCUACACAGGUGUGACAACAAUGCAUUAUGUAACAAUACACGUGGAAGUUACGAGUGCGCUUGCCGUAAAGGUUACGAAGGAGACGGUUUUACUUGCACCCCAAAAUGUGAAGGUGGGUGUAGCAAUGGUGGCCGAUGUGUUGGACCUAACAUAUGUGAAUGUCGCCAUGGUUUUAUAGGCCCAAACUGUCAACACGACAUCGAUGAAUGUUCAUUGGGAAUUUCUGCUUGCCACGCCCACUCGGUGUGUAUAAACACACUCGGGUGGUACAAGUGUGACUGCAUUGAAGGAUACCACAGCCAUUGGCCAGAAAAUCAUUACGGAAGUCUAUGUGUUGAUGUCAAUGAGUGUAUUGGUGAGGGUGAAGGUGACACGUGCCAUUCGUCAACCGAAUGUGUCAAUACUGAAGGAGGGUACAGGUGUGACUGCAAGCAGAAUAUGAAAUGCCAUAAAAACUGUUUGUAUGGAACUUACGAGCACACUAAUGGCGACAGAUGGGUAUCUGAGCAAAACAGUUGUCUAGUUUGUGACUGCAAGAAUGGUGUAACUGAGUGUUUUAGAAAAGAAUGUAAUUGUUCAGCGGAUGAAGUCGAUCUGGAAUGUUGCCAACAUUGUGACACAAGCGCCACGUGCUAUCAUGCCGACACAAAUGCUGUUUAUAACAACGGGGAAAGGUGGCAGUUUGAGUGUGACACGUGCGAGUGUCUGAAUGGUGAAAUCGACUGUUGGCCCAUUCGUUGCCCAAUGAAAGUAUGCAAUGAGAAUAUACAAGAGCCAGGCGAUUGUUGUCCGAGAUGUGCCGACGAUAUGCCAUGUGACAACCCUAUUCAAGAAUUAGGGGGUGCUGAUCUGUCAGCCUUUGUGUGUAUCUAUGAGGGAGUAACAAGGAAACACGGGGAUACCUGGAACCUGAAAAAUGACAUUUGUACACGAUGUGAAUGUAAGGCUGGUCAUAUCUGUUGCAGUGUCAAAGAUGUCUGUCCACAUCAUCUGAUGCAGUCAAAAGGCUUUAAUUUAUCACCAUAGCAACUUAAUAUAAGACAGUCACUACUAUAUGUUGUCAAUUUGAUUAACUUGGUACAGUGUUGUAAAUUUACAGGAAUACAUUUACCGUUUUACACUUGCUAUAAAGCCACUUAUAUGCUUGUACAACAGUCAAUUUGUUUAUGUUAUG